UGUUCGAGAAAAUAGCGACAAGAGAAUUGAGGAGGAAUCAGAAUUAGAAAUCGGAAUUUUGAAUUUCCAACGUGAGGAAUCUCGUUUCGAUCUUGGAGGUUGUACAGGUGAGCUCCAAUUCACGUUCGUCUGUUGGAUUCAGCGGAUUUAUCAAAAAUGGGUAGUUAAUAAGAAUCAUCUCCCAUCUCGAUCUGAGAAAUUGGAAGAUUUGCUUCUGCGAUUGGUCGGGUAUAGGCUGGGUUUUAGAUGAUUUCGGUGAGCAGCAGCGAUGCGAGAAGCGAAAUAGGUUUAGGGUUUGCUGGAAUAGAGGAAGAAAUGAUGGAUGAGAGCGACUUCGAGGAAGAAAGCACACAUUCUUAUGUUUCUUGCGUUGACCCAGAUGUUGCUCUCUCUUAUAUUGAUGAGAAGCUUGAGAACGUAUUGGGACACUUUCAGAAGGAUUUUGAAGGUGGAGUUUCAGCUGAAAAUUUAGGUGCAAAGUUUGGUGGCUAUGGCUCGUUUUUGUCCAUGUAUCAGAGAUCUCCUGCUUGUAAGAGUCCACUGGAAGUUCAAAACCAAGUGGUGGCUCGAUCUACUUGCUCAGCUUCAUCGGUUGUACCUGAAGCAUCUGGAUCCACUUCAAAAGCUCCUGCUUCCGAUGUUUUGGUCAAUUUGAAAAAGUUCGUCAAUUCAAGUAAUAUAGGGACACCUGAUAGCAAACAAGUAUCUCUCUCGAAAACUUCUUCUUCCGCACCAUCAAAUCAUAAGACACUUCGACUCCGUAUAAAAGUUGGUUCGAGUGACCUCUCCUCACUGAAAGACGUUUCAACCUACAAUACUAAACAAGGCCUCAAUAUCCCACCAUCAACCUCGCGGGUGAAUUGCCUCUCAGAAGUUGAUGAAGGCUUACUGAAUGGGAUUCUUGAUUCCCCCACUAAAAUUCUUAUGGCUAUGGUGUCAUUCCCUUUGCGUAAAGAUCAGCUGUUAUCACCUCUCUCUGAUGAUCUUAUUCAGUUGGGAAAGAGAGAAAAGAUACUGAAAGAUGCUGUAUAUGUUUCUGUCAACAAGUCAGACUCAAAAGGUGAGCACGGUCUUUUGGGUGUUUCUGAUGUACAAAAGCGUGCUGGUAAGUUUUCCACUGCGAACAAAGCAAAGUUAAAGGAGAGGGUAAAGUAUAUGCCACCGUUAAACAGGCUUGACGAAAAUCAUUUUGUGUCCGAUACUGAAAAAGAGGCUGCCAAACAGUCAUGUGAGGAGCUUGUUUCUAAGACUCUGAAGCUUCCGCUUUUGUCCUGUCUGUCACCGUCAUAUAUCCACCCGGCAAAAGAGGUUGAUAUUGAGGGUAGAUUAAGAGAAACGAACAACACUGACCUAGAUGCAGCUUUGAUGGUUUCAAAGCCUAAACUGGAAGAUAAUGUAGUCGCUGUUCCAGAUUAUACUUCUAUGGAUAAGGUUAGUGAGAGUGAGACAAGAAACGAAGAGAAGAAUUUGAAGUCAAAACUGCCUAAAGCACAGAAGUCACAAAAACCCGAAGAUGUGUAUGGGGGAAUUUUUGGUGAUUCAGGAGUAUCAAAAGAAGAAAAAAAAAGUAGUCCGAUUCUUGAAGCCAAGAAAGAAAAUGGAUUAAAGGAGAGUUUCAACAAUCUCAACAAUGAUGAAGAGGCAUGUAAUCAUCUUCAUUUGGUACGUAAACCAGAUACGAACCAUCUUAUCAAGUCGCGUGACUUGAAUGAAGAUAGGCACAACAUUAAGCAGAGUGUUAGAUCGGAAGUGAAAAAUAAGCAUUCUGUGGAAGGAGGAAUGGAACCUGAAAGAGAACUUUCUGGGACUUGUAAGAAAGUAAAGACUGGAAAAUCACGAUUUUCUGCUGUAGCUCAACCUGGAUCCAACAAAAAAUUUGACGGUGCUAACAAAACUACGAUUACUCAAGCGUCAGCCCAAAACGUGAAGGAUAUUGCUAAUGCUUCCUCGCAUGAUAGACAUGAUGACAGAAAGAGGAAGCAGAAGGAAACUAAAGAAAGUGGAGAUUGUAUGAGACUUAAAGAAGCCGCAGUAAUGGAGUCAAGUGGGGGAAAAGUUAGAACGAAAAAGAGGCUUAAGGGUUCAAGCUGUGAUGGAAAGGAGUUGCCUUUUAGUAGUGAAAGUUGCGAUAGAGACAAAAGAGUUAGUCAAGAAAAUGGUAGAGAUAGUGCUUCUCAUUUAUGUAAGGAUUUGGUCUCUGAAAUUACCAAAACGAAUGUCCACGAAGCCAAAGGUUGUGUAGAAUCAGUUGCUCCUUCAGCCUUGAGGGUGUUAGACCCACGUGAGCGUAAAUCAGGAAGAAUUUCAGAGAGGGAUGAUCACUAUGAUGCUGACUCUAAUGCUGGUGAUACAUUAAAAAGAUGCCGAGAUGGUGAAGGUUAUAGCACUAUCGAUAAACCAGGGACAACGAAGAAGGCUGCAGAAACUUCGAAGGAUAAUGAUUUGCCCAGUACAAGGAAAGCCACGCACUCAUGGGAUAAAGAAAGUGCAGACGGUGAGAAUUGUUCGAUUGAAAAAUAUAAAUCUAAAAAGCCAGGGAGAUAUACUGGUGACAAUUGCACAGAGGGUGAUUUUCAACGAAAGAAUAGGAAUAAGCAAAAUGGAAGUGCGCAUAAUGAUCAUGUUGGCUCAAGCCCUUCGAAAAGGGAAUCCACGAGUCAGGCAAUCUCCAACUCAAUCAAAGAGGCUACAGCCUUGAAACACAUGGCUGAUCGUCUUAAGAAUGAUGGGUCCGAUCACGAGAGCACUGGUUUUUACUUUCAGGCAGCGCUUAAGUUUCUUCAUGGUGCCUCCCUUUUGGAGUCCUCUGGUACUGAGCACGGCACACAUACGAGCAUUGCCAGAUCCAUGGAUAUUUAUGGCAGCACAGCAAAAUUAUGCGAGUUCUGUGCUCAUGAAUAUGAGAAAAAUAAAGAUAUGGGGGCUGCUGCUUUGGCCUAUAAAUGUAUGGAAAUAGCUUAUCUAAGGAUAACUUAUUCCACCCAUGGAAACAUAAGCAAUUACAGAUAUGAGUUGCACGCAGCUCUGCAAGUGAUUCCUUCAGGUGAAUCUCCCUCCUUUGCCUCUGAUGGUGAAUAUUCAAACCAGACACUGGCAGCGGAAAAGGUUGCUUUGCCCAACACUGUGAGAUCAUCCCCUAGAGUAACGGGAAAUCAUGUUAUCUCUUCAGCAAACAAUUCCUCUAUUUCGCAGCUUUUGGCAUUUGUAAGUUCAUCAAAAAACGUAAGCUUUGCUAUGGAUGCGUCAAGAAAAGCACAAAUCGCAUUUGCAGCUGCUAAGGGAAAAUCGUUUGAUGCCCCAUACAGUAUUGAUGGUGUAACAUGCAUCAAAAGGGCUCUUGAUUACAAUUUUCAGGACAUGGAGAAAUUGUUGCAUGCGGUGAGGGUUGCAAUGGAAUCCAUAAACCGGUGAAUAUGAUUUAUGAUCUCGCAUUGUAAAAGUAAGUUUGAUAUCACAUGCCAUACUCAGAGAGAGGACAAGAGAAGAGAAGGGAAAGCGACUUUUUUAGUUUUGCUUGGAAAAUUGAAGACCUAUAUAAACUUGUUUGUUAUCUUCUUCACUGCGUAAGUGUAUAGUGUUAGGACCAUAUUUGUGAGAUUUGCUGAAGAUUGAAGAUUUAAAGUUAUGUACAUACAUUGUUAUAUAUAAGAAGAGAACGUUAAGAAACAAG